AUGGCCACCCUCCUGCCGCGGGGCGCCGCCGCCGCCCGCCGCCGCCUCCUGCUGCGCCCCGCGCCGCUGGCCCGGGGGCCGGCGCGGGCCGCCAGCCGGGCCCUGUCUGCCGCCCUGGUGCGCCGGGGCGGCCUGGUGGGCGGCCGGUGGGUGGAGACGGCCGCCGCUUUCCCCGUGCAGGACCCGGCCAGCGGCGAGGAGCUGGGUCGGGUGUCCGACUGCGGGGCGGCCGAGGCGCGGGCGGCUGUGCGGGCCGCGCACGAAGCCGGCGCUGCCUGGGGCCGCCUCCCCGCCAAGGAGAGGAGCGCGCUGCUCCGCAGAUGGUACGAGCUGAUGAUGGAGAACAAGGAGGAGCUGGCGCGGAUCAUCACAGCAGAGAACGGGAAGCCUCUGAAAGAAGCACAGGGUGAAAUCACAUAUUCAGCCUCGUUUCUGGAGUGGUUUGCAGAGGAGGCUCGACGGAUCUAUGGUGAUGUUAUUCCAGCAUCUGCAAAGGACAGAAGAGUCCUGGUGCUAAAGCAGCCAGUAGGAGUGGCAGCCAUUAUAACCCCAUGGAACUUUCCCAGCGCUAUGAUUACCCGGAAGGUUGGUGCAGCUCUGGCAGCUGGCUGUACAGUAGUGGUGAAACCUGCAGAGGACACACCUUUAUCAGCAUUAGCUCUUGGGGAGCUUGCAAACCAGGCUGGAAUCCCAGCAGGAGUGUAUAAUGUUGUCCCUUGCUCCAGACAACAGACAGCAGCUGUAGGGGAAGUUUUAUGCACUGAUCCAUUGGUAUCCAAAAUAUCUUUUACUGGCUCUACAGCAACAGGAAAGAUCUUGCUGAAACAUGCAGCUGGCACUGUGAAGAGAGUUUCCAUGGAGCUUGGAGGACAUGCUCCUUUUAUUGUGUUUGACAGCGCCAAUGUGGACCAGGCUGUCGCAGGAGCUCUUGCUUCUAAGUAUAGAAACUCAGGACAGACUUGUGUUUGCACAAACCGUUUCCUGGUGCAAAAGGGAAUUCAUGAUGAAUUUGUGGAAAAGUUUGCUAAAGCUAUAGACAAGGAACUACAUGUUGGAAAUGGAUUUGAUGCAAAAACUACCCAAGGACCACUAAUAAAUGAAAAAGCAGUGGAGAAGGUAGAGAAACACAUUAAGGAUGCAGUUUCUCAAGGAGCAUCUGUUGUGACUGGAGGGAAACGACACAGCUUGGGGAAGAAUUUCUUUGAGCCAACGUUACUUACUAACGUCACAACAAAAAUGCUUUGCACCCAAGAGGAGACAUUUGGCCCUUUAGCACCAGUUAUCAGAUUUGAGACUGAAGCAGAAGCUGUUGCUAUAGCAAAUGCAGCUAAUGUGGGUUUAGCAGGAUAUUUCUACUCCCAAGAUCCAGCUCAGAUCUGGAGAGUUGCAGAACAGCUGGAAGUUGGAAUGGUUGGUGUUAAUGAAGGCAUAAUCUCGUCAGCAGAGUGUCCUUUUGGUGGGGUAAAGGAGUCUGGUUUAGGGCGAGAAGGCUCAAAAUAUGGCAUUGAUGAAUACUUAGAAAUAAAAUAUGUCUGCUUUGGAGGAUUAUAAAAGCCUUCAAACAGCACAAUCCCCACAACUUGGGAAAGAGUGCUGUUGUUUUUAUAAGCUUCUUGAGCCAGAAAUAUGUAUGAAUGCAACUUCUACCUUCAUUAGAACUAAUCAGCCCUGUCCUGUGUGUAUGUAUAGAGAUAUCUACAGUAUUCUGUGCUGCCAAAUGUUUUUACACAGUCUUUGUUUAUCCAUCCAGUUUUUCAGCAAUGUGAUCACAAUGUCCAUUAUUUUUAGUAAAGAGUAGGGAUGUACAUUUACUGUUCUUGGAUUAUCCCUGUGUAACUGGGAGAACUUUGAGACUUGUGCAUAAUGAAAACAGACUGUGACCUAUAGCAAGGGAAACUAGAUCACCAUUUUUUACUACCUUUAGUAUUUUAGUAUUUCAGUGUGGAUAAGGGAGGCUUUGGGAUGACAGUCUCCCUUUGGAAUUUUGUGUAAAUACUCACACUUUCUAAUGUGGUUAUGUGACCUCCUUUAGAAGCAAGUGUGUGGGGUGGUGUUUUUUGGUUUUUUUUUUUGUUUGUGUUUUUUUUUUUUUUUUUUUUUUUUUUUUUUUUUGUUGGGUUUUGUUUGUUUUUUGGGGUUUUUUAAUUGUGGGAGAAAUCUGCUGCUUACAAAAGGUGAGGAAUUGUUUUGAGCUACAUCUAGGGAUCCACGCAGGCUAACAGACAGCUUUUUCAGCACUGUUAAUGCUGACUGCAGGGCUGCUUUAGGUUUUUGAGGUGUACUUUGGGCUUAACAGCUUGCAUGUCUAGGAUGAAAUAUAGCCCUUGUUUGAUGCCUGUUAGCCCCAGCAGCCCUGGGAACAGGACAGUCCAGGACAAAGAAACUGCUGGCUUAGUGAGAAGCAGGAGGAAGAUAAGAUACCCACAGGAACAACUUGUAGAAUUAUAAAGGAAGACUGUAAGGGGAGUGUGAAGAAGGCACAAGUGGUGACAUGAUGAUACAGAUAAACUCCCUCUCUUCCAUAAAAAGGCCAUGACUCUCCUUGGGUAGAAGUACAGUCCCUGAUGUAAAUAUUGCUCAGUGUCUAAAGCAGCAUAACUCACCCUCUUCAAAGAACAGGAGCAGAUAUCCAUCCCUGUGGGCUUUGUGUCUUGAAUUAGAUUUGUGGUUACACAGGUGAAGGUCCAUUAGGGAGGAAGAUUUAAAAACCUUUGAACAUGGCUUAUUUGUGACCUAAUAAAGAUUUAAAUAGUGGUGGUUAGAGAUGAGGCUUUGAUCUUUGGCUUGAUCUCAGUAUUCUGUCAUCUUCAAAAGAUGAUGUAAGGCUUCCUCAGUAUGAAAUAAACAAUGUUGUUAAAAACAUUUUAAUGGCAGUCAAACAAAGCACAUUAAAUGUGCAAUGUUAAUUUGGUGAAUAAAUCAGCAUGGCAGAAGUUAAGUGGAAUAAAUUUUUUUUUCUUGUGUUCAUUAUUAAAAAUAAAUUAAAGAAGGCAAUGAAAUUCUUCUUUCUAUAAAGUAAUGAAUGUACCCUUUAAAAUGAAAUAUUUUAAAAUAUUUUAUCCCAUCAGGCAAAGAGGUACCGGGUAACAUAAGACUUGGAGAGGGAGGGAGAGCAAGCUGGAACAGAGUUUCACAGGGUUUUUUUAAAGCGCACAUAAAGUAGCAUUGACUGCUACUCCUAGUUUUAAAAUAUUUUUUAUGGUUGUAUUUGUGUAGCAGUUGAGACCAGGUGGGUCUGGAGCACAUUUUCUGUCUGUACUGUGUGCAUCAUGCCAACUGAAGGGCAGUUAAAGGGUAUUUACUGCCCCUCCAGUAAUUCCCAAUGCACCAAACCCACAGAUUUGUGGUAGUGAGGACUUUAGUACUGUUAUCUGUGCUUGUCAAAAACACAAAAAGGAUGGCCUCUGUCUGCACUAGUUGCAAGAAACUUUCCUAUACCCAACUUCUAAAAUAACACUGUUGAGCACACAGGCUGCCUGAAUUUAGGGAAUACAGUGUUGUGGGAGAAAGCUGUUUGCCAGCCUUGGCUACCAAUGUGUUUAAUUGGAAAAAACAACUGGGUAAAAGAAGGUCAUGCCCAGGUUCCCAGCUUCCACAACCCAGUGAUGCAGGCAUAGUUACAGGUAUUAUACACAGGCAGAAUAUCGGCCACUGAAAUUCAGUUGUAUCUGCCUGUAAACUGUAUAAGGUCAAAUUAAAAUCCUCUUACUUACAGCUGUAUGACAGUGUAGUAUUUAAUGUGAGUGUACUUCUUGGGACAGUGCAGUUGGAGGAGAAAUUAUUUACCCUUGCUCUCUUCACUACAAGUUACUGAUGAUGCAUUGGUACAUUUAAAAUCUUAAUGUCUUUUUAAUGUGCUGUUCUGAUAAUAGCACUUCUAAUGAGUGUUUACUUUUUUUUUUUCAAAUAACACCUUUUACAAUGCCUGAUAACAAGCACAAACAAUAAUUAAAGAUAAUGUUUGUAAGAAACUUAAGAAAUACUUUUGUCUAGAUUGGAUUGUGGUUGGAUUCCAGUAUAAUAUCCUCAUGUCAGAAAAGUCCACAUCAGUUAAGCACAGAAUAAUCAAAGUUAUCUUCAUAGCAAAAGCCGGGAUUCUUCAACAAAAGACUUAAUUGAAUUCUCACACCUCAGUUGUGUUGAUUGCACUUGUGAUAGUUUAGCAAUUCCUGGAUAUUAAAACUGUGAUUAAAAAAUGUUCUCAGUUAAUAAAUAACUUCUGUGAAAGCAUCA